GUGAGAUAGAUGAUUCUGUUUUGUUUACUUCUACUUGAUAUUAGUUGUUUUAUUUAGUAUCUAUACUAGCAUUUCUCAAUCGGACCAAGCGGCGUCGAUUGGAAAAAAAGCACGGCUCGUAAUCGUCGAAUUUCCGUAAAUUUUGACUUGCAAAGUUACCGCAAUUCAUCAAAAAAUGACAAAGCUUUUCGAAUGGUUCAUGGCUGCGGCUUGCUUCUUUAGCGUAUACUUUGCAAUUGUCCUUCGCCAAGUAAAACAUGAACUGCUAGACCAAUACAUGUGGGAAAUACAACUUUCGCCCAUAUUUCUGCUGGUACUAUUUGGGUUUUUCUCGGCGACCGUGGUACUUUACCGAACCUUCACCUUUAACAAUUGUGAGGAAGCGGCCAAAGAAUUGAUGGAACAAAUCAAAGAGGCUAAGGCGGAUCUACGUAGCAAAGGUUUGGUGCUUGGUGACUAACAAAUGACAGGAUAAUUAAUUUGUUGUGUAAAUAAAGUGAAAUAUGUUUUAUUA